AUGUUUUAUGUUGUAUAGUAACAGAUCUCAAUAUUUCUCUUUCUAAAAUCACUUCCUUUCUUUCUCUCUCUAAGGAAGGAGGAAGAAGGGUUCCCUGUUCUCUCAAAGAUUCUCUCUUUACUUUUUCUUUCUUCAGUCUUUAGCACAGACCCAUCUCCUCAACACUCUCUUUCUCUGUGGGGGUCCUUCACUUCAUGGGACUAUCGUUUUCUUUGAAAAAAAAACCCCAGGUGGUGAAGUGCAUGUGAAGUUGGGUGGAAGAUCUGUGGGGGUUCUUAAUGAUGGGAACAGUUCGUUUUGCUUUUCGUGGUUUAUCAGCAUUGAAGCUGCAACUCUGCUAUGGGAGCUAAUCUUGCUACUUUGGAGUAACAUUGCAGUUCCUGAGUUUCAAAGUUUGAACCUUCUACAGUUUGAAGUCUUGGGUAGAGGUAUUUAUGUAUUUUCUUUGGUCUAUUCUCUGGAGUGGUAAUUCUGAUAUGAUAAUUACUAAAUGGGGACGGUAUCUUUGGGAAAUUGUGAUGUGAUAGUUACUAAACGGGGACGGUAUCUUUCAGAAUGAUUGCGUUGUGUUCGACCAGGGAUCUAUGAGAGCUUGAAUUUUGGUGGAUUUUGCGCUAUUUAGUGAAUAAUUUGUGGGAUAUGGGAGAUUUAUUGCUUUUGAAUAGACACAUAAUUGCAGAGAUUUGGGGAAUAUAAGAUUGAAGAAAAAUGUGUCUUAUUUCCUUAAUUCACAGUAGAUUCUGCAGUCCAAACCUGUAAUGCUCUGAUCAUGACCAGGGCUGUUCGUGAUAGGAUUCUGAAGGAUGCCAAUGGUGAUAUUAGUGAUCAUCUACGAAAUCACAUUCAUUUGACUAACUGUAUCCACUUGAAGAACCAUAUGCACAAGCAGAGUCCUAUAUUGGCCGACAGGUUACUCAUGAGGGACCUUAUAGUCCUUCAGAGGUCCAGAUCUCUCCGGGACCCUUCUGCCAGUCCUCACUCUUGGCAUUCACAUUCUGUUGUUGAUAUUCUUUCUAAGAAGGGUGAGAAGGAUGGCAUCCAAGAGGGGAGAAGGUCUGUGGGCAUUGAACGAUAUGGUAAGAGGUUGUCUGGAAGCUCACCUUCUUUGCCAAAUUUUGCAACUUCAAAAGUUGCACCUGGUGAAGCAAGCAUGGUUAAUGAGGCGGUUGUGGGAAUUAGUGACUGCAGUAGCAAGAGUGGAUUAAAAGACGGUAGAAGAGUGAGGAGAGAAAAAUCUAGUUUGAGAAGUAAUAGGACUGAUCUGUCUGGUGAAAAUAGGGAGCCUCCACAGGAUCCAGAGGGUUAUGGUUUGGAACAUGAUAUUGUUUCUGGUACUUCUGCAUUGAAAGAUAGGAGCAAGCAAAAGGGGAAGCAUGCUCAAAAUGCUCAAAUUAAGACCCUCUCUGAGCAAUUGAAUGACAUUCUAAUAGAUAGUGAUGAUGUAGCAUCUUCUAAUGUCCAUCUUCGUGAAUGGCCAGCUAGACCAGAAAAGACUGGGGAAGAACCUCAAGCUAACACCCAUGGUAACUCAAGUGGGUUGAUCAGGGCAAAAAGGCACAGGUUUCGAGGGGCCAGGAGAGCUCAGGCAGCUCCUACAGCAAGAGAGGCUGGAGGUCAGAAUGAAUUGUCUGUGGCAUCUAAUUCAUUUGGUCAAGGUUCAGCACAUCCAAAGUAUGGCAUGGAGGAGAAGGAACCUGACCAUGGAGUGGAAACUGUCAUAAGGGCUCCUAGAAAUGGGUGUGGAAUUCCUUGGAAUUGGUCCAGAAUCCAUCACAGGGGUAGAACUUUCCUCGAUAUGGCAGGAAGGAGCUUAUCUUGUGGUCUGUCAGACUCCAGGUUUAGGAAAGGUGGGGAAGCUUCCCGUGGGAGAGAUAUUCCUGACAUGCCUGUGGCAUCUGAUCACUCAAGUUCGUCCACAAAAGCCAAUGCUGAGGUGCUACCUCUUCUAGUUGAGGCAUCUGGAUCCCUGGACAGCACAGAGGACGCUGGUUGGGUGAAUGAUUAUUCAGGCGAGCUAGGUAUUUUUGCUGAUAAUUUAUUGAAACAUAAUGUUGAUUCUGACCUUGCUUCAGAAGCUAGAUCUGGUGAACGACACAGGUUAGGUAGGAACCAACAUCCUAGGCAUCAAAAUUUGACACAAAAAUACAUGCCAAGAACUUUCAGAGAUUUGGUUGGACAGAAUUUGGUUGCACAAGCUCUUUUUAAUGCGGUCAUGAAAAAGAAGGUUGGAUUGCUAUAUGUGUUUUAUGGACCUCAUGGCACUGGGACAACUUCUUGUGCUCGAGUAUUUGCCAGGGCUUUAAAUUGUCAAUCAACUGAGCACCCCAAACCUUGUGGCUUUUGCAAUUCUUGCAUUUCUCAUGAUAUGGGUAAGAGCCGAAAUAUAAGAGAAGUUGGUCCUGUUAGUAAUUUUGACUUUGAGAACAUUAUGGAUCUACUUGACAAUAUGAUAAUCUCCCACCUUCCAUCACAGUAUAGAGUUUUCAUACUUGAUGACUGUGAUUCUUUGUCCACUGAUUGUUGGAAUGCCAUAUCAAAGGUCAUUGACCGAGCACCAAGGCGUGUGGUUUUUGUCCUUGUCAGUUCAAGUCUUGAUGUUCUGCCUCAUAUAAUCAUAUCCAGAUGCCAAAAGUUCUUUUUCCCAAAACUGAAGGAUGCAGAUAUCAUCUGUAGUCUGCAGUGGAUUGCAUCCAAAGAAAACAUUGAAAUAGAUAAGGAUGCCCUAAAAUUGAUUGCCUCUCGAUCAGAUGGAUCAUUGAGGGAUGCAGAAAUGACUCUUGAGCAGCUUAGUUUGCUUGGGCAGAGAAUUUCUGUUCCUCUGGUUCAGGAACUGGUUGGGCUUAUAUCUGAUGAAAAGUUGGUAGAUCUUCUUGACUUAGCUCUAUCUGCAGACACGGCAAAUACUGUGAAGAAUUUGAGAGUGAUAAUGGAAACCGGAGUAGAGCCUUUAGCUUUGAUGUCACAGCUCGCUACAGUUAUAACUGAUAUACUUGCUGGCACUUAUGACUUCACUAGAGAAAGACAUAGAAGGAGGUUCUUUCGACGACAGCCUUUGUCAAAAGAAGAAAUGGAGAAACUACGGCAAGCUCUGAGGACGUUGUCUGAGGCUGACAAACAACUGAGGAUGACAAAUGACAAAUUAACAUGGCUUACAGCUGCAUUGCUUCAACUUGCUCCUGAUCAGCAAUAUGCAUUACCUAUUUCAUCUGCCGAUACUAGUUUUACUCAAAGUCCCCUUGCUCAAAAUGAUGUAAGAGGAAGAGACAUAACCAGGAAAGAUGACGAGCUUAUUGAGGUGCCUAACAGCAUGAGAGGCAGGUCAACAAACUCUAGAUUGGAAGAACCACGAAUUAGAGGUUCAAUGGAAUAUAACAAUGGUAUGAUGCAAGGAAUUAUUAUUGAUAGGAGGACUGUUGGGGCUGGGAUGAGUCCUAGACAAACCUCUAAAGUUCCUGGUAAUAUGUCUAGGAUUAACGAGAGACAGAGUGUAAUGAAAAGCCGUAUUUCAAUUGAAGAUGUUUGGUUGGAGGUUCUUGAGAGGAUCCAAAUAAGUCCUAUAAAAGAGUUUUUGUGCCAAGAAGGGCAGCUGAUAUCAGUUAGUUUUGGUGCAGCUCCGACUGUGCAGGUGAAGUUCAGUUCAUAUUCGUCCAAAUCUAAGGCCGAGAAGUUUAGGGGACAUAUUUUGCAAGCAUUUGAGUCUGUUCUUGGUUCUCCAGUGACAAUUGAAAUUAGAUAUGAAGCAAGGAAAGAUGCAGUAGCUGGUUCCGUUCUACCUCUUGUCUUACUGGGCCCCAGGAAUGGUUCACCCCAGAUGAUCAUGGAUCCAGAAUCCAACGCUGAUAACCGGAUGCAUGGGACAAGGGCGAGAAAUAAUGGAGUUGGAUCUCAGGCCCAGCUCUUGCAGAGUGAAACAUUUGAAGGUGGAAGGAGUGAAAUUGUUGAACUUCCAGUAACCCCCCAGGAAUCCAAGGGCAAUGAACAUGCUACCAAACAUAAAGAAUCUAACAGAAGAGGUGCAAGGUUGGCCAGCCCUUCAGUUUCACACAAGCAAUCCACUGAGUCCGGAAGAAGCAAACUUGGGGAACAUAGUCAGAGUCAGAGCAUUGUUAGAAGCAAGGUAUCCCUUGCACACGUGAUCCAGCAGGCAGAAGGAUGUACACAACACAAUGGUUGGACAAAACGCAAAGCAGUUUCGAUUGCUGAAAAGCUUGAACAAGAGAAUCUAAGACUAGAACCUAAAUCAAGAAGCUUGCUUUGCUGGAAAGCAUCAAGGGUAACUCGUCGAAAGCUUUCCCGCCUCAAAAUCAGGACGAGAAGACCACAAUCAUUGCUGAAGCUUGUAUCCUGUGGAAAGUGUCUCUCUUCCAAGUCUCCGAGGUAGCAGGACACCAGAAGAGUUUCUGGAUGGCUUUGAACAGUGCCAGUGACACUAGCGAGGAACCUCAUACAUACACAUUACUUUAAUUAGCCAUUUUGUUAGCUGUUUACAAGGUCAAUUCUAUCCACCAAAUCAUUUCAUUUUCUUUGAAUAAAUUGUACAAGUUCUUUUCUCAUUAGAUAAUGUGGGAAAGAAAAUCAGAUUAGUGUUAGCUUUCUAUUAAUGAAUUCUUUUUCAUCCA